UGAGAACCACGGAAUCCAUACAGUUUCCUCCACACCAACCACAAAAUGCUCUCCCUUAAUUUCCUCAGCGUCGCGCUCCUCGCACUCAUUCCGUCCACCUUUGCUGCACCUCAUCCCCCUACUGCUGCCCCCUUCCAGGUCACAAAUCUCAACACGUUCGAACCCACAGGUCGUCCGGGCUCGGUAAAUCUCUACCGCGUCGGCUUCAACGUCACGGACCCUGCAGACUCAUCGACUGCAUUCUGCGAGACGCAGUGGGAUUACGCGGAUGCGACUACCGGAUGGCCUUCUACCUAUUUGGCGAACUGCACGAACCCAUCAUACGCUUUCAAAUUUGUUGAUUACCACAGCUAUUAUGACUUCACGCUCGAUGUCAGACAUAAGAGCAAGACACACGGACGGCCGACCACGCGUUUCGCAAAGGGGCAAGUGAACCUCGACAUCCUUCAGUGCAGCCAUGCGGCAUCCGGGUUCUCUGUGUGUAAUCAGAAGGAAGGAGUACAAUUCCCAUUGCAGGUGUACAAGACACUGGACUGAGGAGGAUAAGGAGUACUUCCUAUUGUCGAGAUUGUAUAAUGGUGCAGCACGGCUUCUCAGAUACAAGAUUGUUCUCUUCACGGAAGACUUCUCUAUACCGUUAUAACUCUAAUAUGUCGCUGGGAAGACGCCAAUUCUACCUC